AUGGAAAUAUUACAUAUUUUAAACCUUCUGGUUGCUUAUUUAAACACCAAUCUAAUCAUUUUCCUGAUAUUAUUAAGCACCAAAAAAUGGGAGAUUCAUUGGAUACAAAUAUACUUCACGACUUUUCCCCCUUAAUGAUAGUGUACAAGGAUGGUCGAGUUGAAAGGUUGGAAGGCGAAGAUGUCGUCCCUCCUGGCCCGGAUGCCGAAACCGGAGUCAGAUGCAAAGACCUCGAGAUUUCAUCGGACCCCAAAGUUUCCGUCAGGAUUUUCCUCCCCAAGACUGCCAGUCCGGGCCGGAAACUUCCACUUUUGGUGUACUUCCACGGCGGAGGAUUCAUCGUCGAAUCUGCUUUCUCUCCGACUUACCAGAAGCAUCUCUGCUUAGUCUCGGCCGAAGCCAACGCCGUGAUCGUUUCCGUCGAUUACAGACUGGCCCCGGAGCACCCGAUUCCGGCGGCAUUCGACGACUCGUGGCUAGCUCUGAAGUGGGUUGCGUCCCAUUCCUCUGCCGGCGGCGGUGAGGAGUGGCUGACGGAGCACGCAGACUUCGGGCGCGUGUUCUUCGGCGGCGACAGCGCGGGUGGAACCAUAGCCCACCGAAUGGCGAUUCGGGUCGGGUUGGAGGGACUGGAUGGAAUCAAUCUUGACGGGCUCUUCCUCAACUGCCCGUUUUUCUGGGGAAAGGAUCCGAUUGGUGAAGAAGGGGAUGAGGUGGGGCCCGUACGUUCGUAUCUUGAGAGUCUAUGGCUGUUCGUGAACCCGACAACAACCGGGCCGGACGACCCGCUUUUGAACCCGAUGAUGGACCCUGAAUUCAGGAAGCUGGGGUGCAAGAAAAUGCUGGUUUACGUGGCAGAGAAGGACCCGCUUAGGCAGAGGGGGCGGCACUACAAGGAGGCGUUGGGCAAAAUUGGGUGGUGCGGGGCGGCGGAGCUGGUGGAAGCUAAGGGGGAGGACCACGUAUUCAAUGUGAUGUCUCCCACCUCUGAUAAUUCCAUGGCUAUGGUAAAAAAGUUAGCCGCUUUCUUCAACCCCUAAGUUGCUUUGAAUACUAUCUUAGGAUACUCAGAUUUAGGAUGUUAUCCGGGUAUCAGAAUAAGCUAUGUUGCAUUGAAAGUUGAAACUCACAAAAUCAAGAGGAAAAGGGAAACUGAACACUUCAACUUUUGCUUAAAAAUGUUUGUUUGGAGAGUUUCCGAAAUGGAAACUUAUUCUUUCAGAGAGUUUUCGUGCUACAUAGAGAAUAAAUGUUUCAUUCUCCCUUUUGAAUAAAUGUUUUACUUCCAUUUCAUAAAAUGAAUCUACCCCAAAAGCAGCUAUAAUAUAUAAAUUCUACGUUUUGAAGAAUUUGUGAUCUGA